AUGGCGAUUCAAUCCUCCUACCCACCCCCCCAAUCCAAACUCGACCUCAACAAUCCGCAAUAUCGGGCCAACCGGGAAACAUGGAAGACCGUCCUAGACAGGUUUGAAGAGGCUUUGGAGCAGGUUUUUGCAGAGGGCAACAGUGCCUCUCUGGCACGACAUCAAAAACGGGGCCAGUUACUACCCCGCGAUCGCAUUGCCCUCUUGUUGGACCAGGACUCGCCCUUUCUGGAGAUCGGGGCCUUCGCUGGCUAUGGGAACCCCGAUUCGACGCCAUGCGCCAAUCUGAUCGCGGGGAUCGGGAAUGUUAGUGGCCGACCAUGUAUGCUCAUGUCACAUAUCCCGACUCAGAGCGGCGGGGCCUGGAACGAGAUGACAGUCCUCAAAACGAACCGGAUCAUGGAGAUCGCCUUCCAGAAUGAUUUGCCACUGAUCUCACUGGUACAAUCAGCCGGUGUCUUCCUCCCGCAACAAUUCCGAGUCUUCCACAAAGGAGGCCAACUAUUCCGGGAUCUCGCCGUGCGGACACAACAUGGCAAGCCCUCCUGCGCCCUCGUCUUUGGCUCCUCGACUGCUGGAGGAGCCUAUCACCCCGCGCUCUCCGAUUACACGAUCUUCGUCGAAAACCAGGGGCAGGCGUUUCUGGCGGGACCGCCGCUGGUGAAGAUGGCGACCGGAGAGGUGAUCGAAGCGGAGGAGCUGGGCGGGGCGAGAGUACAUGCCACGAAGACUGGACUUGCGGAUCAGAUCGCGACAGAUGAGCUGGACGCAAUCCGCAAGGCCCGAGAGUGGGUAGCUACCCUGCACAGCCCAUCAACCACGACACUCAUCGACACCAUCGAGCCCUUACCCCCAAGAUACCCCGUCGACGAGCUUCUGAGUCUGGUUAACCCCGAUAUCCGAAAGCCCUUUGACAUGCGCGAGGUUCUGCUGCGGUUGAUCGACGACUCGCGAUUUUCGGAAUUCAAGCCGGAAUACGGACGCAAUCUGAUCACGGGGUGGGCGUACUUUUACGGAAUCCAAGUCGGUAUCAUCGCCAACCAAAUGUCAGUGAUAAACCCAACUGAAGCCGCCAAGGGCGCGCAAUUCAUCCGCAUGUGUAAUCAACAAAACACCCCCCUGCUCUUCCUCCACAACGUCACUGGCUUCAUGGUCGGCGCAAAAGCCGAACACGCCGGCAUCAUCCGCGCCGGCGCGCAGCUUGUGGCCGCCGUCUCCACCUCGACGGUCCCGCACAUCUCCGUCAUCUUAGGCGCCUCCUACGGCGCCGGAAACUACGCCAUGUGCGGCCGGGCCUACGGGCCCCGGUUCCUGUUCACCUGGCCCAGCGGCCGGUGCAGUGUGAUGGGCCCUGAGCAGCUGUCCGGCGUGAUGGAGAGCGUGCAGCGGAGCAGCGCAGCAGCCAAGGGGAAGGUGCUGUCGCCGGAGGAGCUUCGGGCGCGGGUGGAGUGGUUUCGGGCGGCUGUGCAAACCGAUGCGGAGUGUUAUGCGACGAGUGGGGGACUAGUGGACGACGGAAUAAUUGAUCCCCGUGAUACCAGGGAUGUGGUGGGAAUGUGUCUGGAGGUUGUGGUCAGCGCUGGGAUAAGAGGCGCCGAGGGCCAUCGGUUGUUGGCAAGGAUUUAG